UAGCCCGGAGGAGGGAUGGCGCGGCGCCCUGGGUCCCAGCGGCGAAGGGCGCCAAGCGUAGAGCCAGCUCCGCGGAAAGGCCGGGAAGGGCCGGACCGGGGGGUCGCCGGAAGGUCGCAGGCACCUUCGGGAGAGCCGGCGCGGCCAGCAGGCAGCACAGCAAGCCCCACGAGCGCCCCGCAGCUGCCGGGCAGGCGCGCGGACGGCUCGGCGGGCUCGCCGGCUCCCCCCACGGCCCGCCAGUGGUUCGUUCCGAACACCCCCUCCCCGCGCGGCCGGGUUCCCGGCCAGCCCCACUUCCGGUUGCUGCCGAGCCCUAUAUCCGGUGUCCGCCCGCCCUCGGCCCCGCUGCUGCCGCGAUGCUGUCCCGGUCCCGCUGCGUGUCCCGGGCGUUCAGCCGCUCGCUCUCCGCCUUCCAGAAGCAUUAACAGCAGUGGCGUUUUCAGCGUUCGCUUCUUCAGAACUACAGCUGUGUGCAAGGAUGAUGUGGUUACAGUCAAAACCCCAGCGUUCGCAGAAUCUGUCACAGAGGGGGACGUCAGGUGGGAGAAAGCUGUUGGAGACACAGUUGCAGAAGAUGAAGUGGUUUGUGAAAUUGAAACUGACAAGACUUCUGUGCAGGUUCCAGCACCAGCAAAUGGCGUGAUUGAAGCUCUUUUGGUACCUGAUGGGGGAAAAGUAGAAGGAGGCACUCCUCUUUUCACACUCAGGAAAACUGGCGCUGCUCCUGCCAAGGCCAAGCCAGCCGAAGCUCCUGCUGCUGCAGCCCCAGAAGCAGAGCCUCCCGCAGCAGCGGUUCCUCCUCCACCUGCAGCAUCCAUACCCACUCAGAUGCCGCCAGCGCCCUCUCCCUCACAGCCUCCUGCUAGCAAACCAGUGUCUGCAGUAAAACCAACUCCUUCCCCUCCAGUAGCUGAGCCAGGAGCUGGCAAAGGUGUGCGUUCAGAACAUCGGGAGAAGAUGAACAGGAUGCGGCAGCGCAUCGCUCAGCGGCUGAAGGAGGCCCAGAAUACAUGUGCAAUGCUGACCACUUUCAAUGAGAUUGACAUGAGUAACAUCCAGGAGAUGAGGGCUCGGCACAGAGAUGCUUUUCUGAAGAAACAUAACCUCAAACUAGGUUUCAUGUCGGCGUUUGUGAAGGCCUCAGCCUUUGCCUUGCAGGAGCAGCCUGUUGUAAAUGCAGUGAUUGACGAUGCAACCAAAGAGGUGGUGUAUAGGGAUUAUAUUGACAUCAGUGUUGCAGUGGCCACCCCACGGGGUCUGGUGGUUCCCGUCAUCAGGAAUGUAGAAGCUAUGAAUUACGCCGACAUUGAGCGAAUCAUCAGUGAACUUGGAGAGAAGGCCCGAAAGAAUGAACUUGCCAUUGAAGAUAUGGAUGGUGGUACUUUCACCAUUAGCAAUGGAGGCGUUUUUGGCUCGCUCUUUGGAACACCCAUUAUCAACCCCCCUCAGUCUGCCAUCCUGGGCAUGCAUGGCAUCUUUGAUAGGCCAGUGGCCGUGGGAGGCAAGGUGGAGGUGCGGCCCAUGAUGUAUGUGGCACUGACGUAUGAUCACCGGCUGAUCGACGGUAGAGAGGCCGUGACUUUUCUCCGCAAAAUCAAGGCAGCGGUAGAGGAUCCCAGAGUCCUCCUACUGGACCUCUAGGAGGAAGCCCCGCGCCAUACACAUCGACCAUGCAGGAACUGAAAACCAGUCUUCUCCCUGUCCCCUCAUGGGUCCCAGGUUAGCCUGGUGACAGGCACAUGCUGUUGGCCUCACGAAAGGAAGCCAGGGCACUAUGUAACCAGCAGGUCUUUUCUUGGUGUCCCUGCCAGGCUCUCUCCCUCUCUGCACCGUUCUCUUAACACUCAAAUAUCUUAUAUCCUUAGGCUUGAGGGAAAGAGAGAGCCUUAAUGGAUGCUCGUUAAUAUUGCUGCCUUCUGCAGAGAUGACUUUGCUUCUUCCCAGUGCCAGUACACUGUAGGACCAUGUGAUUAAGUUGCUACCAUUUGAAAGUUUGGUCUCCGGAGAUGUGUAGUGGGGCAUGUGCCUCCCAAGCUCAGAGCAGCCUCUGACCUGGCUGUGCAUGUUCUCGCUCAUUCCACUUGUGUGGAGGUAUUGCCCACAGGCCAAGAGGUGCUGCUUUGCUUCUUAAAUGGCACCCUCAUUCUCAGCUGUCACUGACUUCAAGAUGCCUCUUCUACCUCUUCCGGGAAUCACAGGCCAGGGGAUCUGGCUGGGAGCAGGGUGGGCAGUGUUGAAAGGGGAAGGGCAGGUUCUCCCUGAGGUCAUAUGUUGUAAACAACACGGGAGCAGAACACAGGCCUGUCCUCACUCUCCAUCAUAGCUUUGCACCAGGAAGACCCAUUUUGGCACAGUCACACACAGCUGUGCUCAUGCCAACCUUUCCAGGCUGCUAGGAACCAUUCGAGUACGCUGUUCUCAUUUAGAGCAGAUUCAAGCACAUCAUGGCAGUGGGACAGAGCAUGGUCACAACCAAGGGCUGGAGCCUGGUAGAGAUAGGGGUGCGAGAUGCUGUGGACUGGCUCAGCUUGUCUUGGACUCUUAAAUUCCGCCAGUAUAAGCAUGUGGACUGAGAGGCAGUUUUGUUCCUUCCUACGUCAUGGCCCUUAGGGAGUGGGGCCUUAGCUCUUCCUCGGCAGAAAACAGGUCGGGGGAAGAUGGACUGUGGUGGAAACCAGCCCCAAGUACAGUGGGGAGAUGGCCAUUGUCACCUCUGAGGUCCUGCCUGUUAGGUCUGGACACAAUCAUUGGAAUUCCUUGGAGUAUGGUUCAAUGCACACAUCUUGUCACGAAAGCUACUGGACUUCAUCCCUUUGUAUCCAACUGCAUCCAGGCCUGAGACUGCUGACCCUUGACACCAGGAGCCAUUUAUUUAGUGCAGAGUGCCCAUUUGUAUCUUGAGCGAAGAAGCUAGGCCUGGGGGGUGGGGUGGGGGGAAGGGAUGGGAGCCAAUACUGAGUGCCUGCAGCAUCUACUAUGUCUUCACUAUUCAGAACCUGUAACUAAAGUAUUUAAAGAAACUGAUUUUAAAUGCAAAUUAAAGGGCAAAUGUUCUCAAA